ACUUCCGGAGAGAGCCAAGUAGCGUUAGGGAAGUCGUGUACCAUUAUCUCAUCAUUUCCAGAACGAUUCGAGUACUGUAGAAUAACGUAGAAAAGAGAAGAAACGGCUUUCCGUGUUUCUGCUUCAAUCCUCUUGUUCAUCGAAACAAAAAGAAAAAGAAUUAUAUAGAGAGAUAACAACAAAAAAAAAAUAAUAGCAGAGUGCCAGUAUGGUCGAGCAACUCGGUUUGGGUCCCGAGGUUCGCGAGCUCAAGUUAGGUCCUAGUUUUACCAGUAAUAGCUCCAAAUUUCAUACCUUAAAAUAUGAUUUCAAGCCUGCAAGCGUCGACGACUCUAAGGUGGCCCGAGUCGAUGUAGGUUCAGACAACACGAUAACGGUCACUGUACCUCAUCUGGAUGGCGCUGGUACUCCACAUACUGUGUUCAAAGGGUCGCAGAGACCCUACAAUAAGGAAUAUGUCCUGAUUUUCGACAAGGUUACUGGGGAGAUUACAUUAGAGAAGCUAACCGCGAAUAUUCAAGUUAAAAAGACACGAGCGGAACCCAAACGCAAUAGCAAUAGCAAUCCCAUAUCUGUUGAAAUUAAGAAGAGCCCUACAUAUGGUAGAGCAAAUGGAAGGACUAAAGUUAUUAGUGGAAAAAAGAGGGAACCUUCAUUACAACUGCAUCCUAAACAGAGUCCCCAACAGGCAUCGCCAUAUGACAAAACAAGUCCACCAAAUACAUCUCAUAAUAGUUGUUCACCAGUACAACCAUCAAAUACACAAUCAACUUUGGCCAGUCUUCCAAUGAUCGGAGCCGACACUGACGAUUUUGCUCUGUCGACAUCGAUGCCUGGAUCUUCCUCUACUCAAACUGUAACUUCUCAAUUAAUUCCAAUAUCACAGACAAAAUCGAAUACUUUAGAAAGCGAUUCCAGUUCGAGCAGUUCAAGUUCCGACAGUUCAAGCAGCGAUUAUGAAACGGAAAACGUGUCUGUGCCAACAAUUAACGGUCAUUUGAACGGUUCAACUGCCUCACCCACACUGUUCAUGUCAGACAAUCUCUUAAAUGAUGAUCUGCAAUUAUCGGAAUCAGAAUCGGAUAGUGAUUAACGGUGAUAUAUUGAUAGACUUAAGAAACAAAUACUCUAAAUAAAAAGUCUUCUCUAAGUAAUCUUAGUUUAACGAUAUCUUCUUGUUAAUAUAUCGAUCAUCUUUAAUGGAUUAAUAAAAAAAAUCAAAUUCCUUAAAA